AUGGAAAUAAAUGAAAAUAACGAAAGAAAUGACAACACUUCAGACGAUGAAAUAUUAAUUAAUCAAAUUAAGAAAAAUUCAUGUGAUUACAAAUUAAACGACUCUGAACAAUUAAAGGACAUCCAAAUUGAAGCUAAUUGUGAAAAAGGAGUUAAUAUCAAUAACAAAAUAAAUAUAAAUGAGGAGAAUAAUGGUUGUAUUGAGAAAAUUGAAUUAAAACAUGAAAAAAAUGAUGUUUGUGAUUAUUCUGGUGAAAGUAUAAUUAAUAAAAAAGAUAAUAAAUUUAAUUCUAUUGGUGAAAAUAAUGAGAAUUCAAAAUUUAAUGAUGACAAUAGAAACAACGAAAAGGAUAAAUUAGAAAAAAAUAAAAUAAAUGUCAAGGAAGAAAAAAAUGAUGAAAAGUGUAAAUUAAUAAAAGAUGAAAAAAAACAAGUAUGCAAAAUAAAAAAAGAGACAAAUAAAAAACCAAAAAAGUUGCUUAAAAAGUCUGAAGAAAAUUUUGAACCAAUAAAUAGAUGGUGGGAAAAAAUAGAUGAUCAAACUGAUACACAGUGGCAAUAUUUAGAACAUAGAGGAAUUAUAUUUUCACCUCCAUAUGUGCAGCAUAAUAUUCCUAUUUUUUAUAAAAGUAUCAAAACAGAAUUAAAUGCAAAAGCAGAAGAAUUAGCUACAUAUUGGUGUAGUGUCAUUGGUAGUGAUUAUUGUACAAAAGAAAAAUUUAUAUUAAAUUUUUUUAAAACUUUUAUAAAUAGUCUGGAGAAAGAUAAUAUUAUAAGACAAGAAAAUGAGAAUAAACUUAAAAAAGGAGAUAUAUCAAAUUUUAAAUUUAUAGACUUUAUGCCAAUUAAAGAUCACUUAGUUAAAUUAAGGGAGGAAAAAUUAAAUAGAACAAAAGAAGAAAAGGAGGAAGAAAAAAAAAUAAGAAUGGAAAAGGAAUUACCAUACACAUAUGCACUAGUUGAUUGGAUUCGUGAAAAAAUUUCAAGUAACAAAGCUGAGCCACCUGGUUUAUUCAGGGGUAGAGGAGAACAUCCUAAACAAGGUUUAUUAAAAAAAAGAAUUUUUCCAGAAGAUGUAGUAAUUAAUGUGAGUAAAGAUGCUCCUGUUCCGCGACUUUACGAUAAUAUGUGUGGGCAUAAUUGGGGAGAUACUUACCACGAUAAUAAAGUGACGUGGCUAGCAUAUUACAAAGACAGUAUUAACGAUCAAAUUAAAUAUACAUUUUUAUCAGCUCAAUCCAAAUUUAAAGGCUAUAAAGAUCUUCUAAAGUAUGAAAAUGCAAGAAAGCUGAAAUCUUGUGUUCACAAAAUUAGAGAAGAUUAUAGAAAUAAAAUGAGCAAUAAAAAUAUUGUUGAUAAGCAAUUGGGUACAGCAGUUUAUUUAAUAGAUUUUUUGGCUUUAAGAGUAGGGGGUGAAAAAGAUAUAGAUGAAGAAGCGGAUACUGUAGGUUGUUGUAGUUUAAGAGUUGAGCAUAUCAGUUUUGCUCAUGAUGUACCAAUUAAAAAUGAAAGCAAAAAUGACUCGAGUGAUAAUAAAUCCAAUAAGAAGCCAUUACCGAAAACAUUGGAUGAUAUUAAAGCAGAAGAUUGCUUUAUAACAUUGGAUUUUUUGGGAAAAGAUAGUAUUCGAUAUUUUAACACUGUAAAAAUUGAUAAGCAAGCAUAUAUUAAUAUAAUAACAUUCUGCAAAAAUAAAAAUAAGGAUGAAGGAGUAUUUGAUCAGAUUAAUUGCUCAAAAUUAAAUGAGUAUUUGAAAGAAAUUAUGCCAACAUUAUCAGCAAAAGUUUUUCGUACAUACAAUGCUUCGUAUACUCUUGAUCAGCAAUUAAAAAGAAUAAAAGAAACAAAUGGGAAAUCAAAAUAUUCAUUAUAUUCAUGUGAUACUGAUUUACACAAAAAGAAAAAGAGGAAAUUAGGGCAAAGAACUUCUUCACUAAGUAUACUAAGUGAUAUUAGUGAUUCAACGUUAAAUGAAAAAAAUAAAAACAAUGAAGAAAAGGAAAAUAAUGAGAACACAUCUAAUAAUUUACUAAAGGAUAACAAUAUAGAAGAUAAGAAUUCUCCAAUAGAAGUGGAUGUUUCUAAUGUUAAUGAACUUAUUAACUUUUUCAAUAAUGCUAAUAGAGAAGUUGCUAUUUUAUGUAAUCAUCAGAGAAGUAUUCCAAAACAACAUGAUACAGCAAUGUCGAAAAUAAAAAAACAGAUAGAAGUUUAUAAUGAAGAUAUAAAGGAAUAUAAAAAAUACCUGCAACAUUUAAAAAAGAGUAAAGAUAAAAAAUUCGUUUUUGUUUCUAAGGUUGUUACUUUAGAUGGAACUUUAAGACCAAAUAAAGUAAAAGAUAAUAUGAAAGAAGAAUCUUGUAAAAAAAAGUUAAUUGCUCUUAUAAAAAAAGUAGAAUUAUUACAAAAUCAAAUGAAAGUAAGAGAUGAUAAUAAAACUAUUGCUUUAGGAACUUCUAAAAUAAAUUAUAUGGAUCCAAGAAUAACUGUUGCUUUUUGUAAAAAAUUUGAAAUACCAAUAGAAAAAAUAUUUAAUAGAAGCUUAAGACUUAAGUUUCCAUGGGCAAUGUUUGCUACAAAAAAUUUCUGUUUUUAA